CAGUGAAACAGCUGUUUUGCAGUUAGCAAGACAUCUAGCGGAACGCGCGCGCAAUUCAGUAUGCAAUAGCAACGAUAAGCACAGGAUGUAUGGUUUGGAAACCGAUCGUAUCUGAGGUAGCUGCUACUGAUAAAUCAUGGCAGCUGGUUGUUGUGGAACGAAAAAGCAGAAGCUAAACAACUCUUCUAGUGUUCCGUGUAACGUUACCAUGAGUUUACAGAAUGGCAUUCGUAUGCGGAACUCCAUAAUAGCACAGCCUGAGAUGGGCUUUUAUUGUUUCGAUGUUCUAUACUGCCAACUGCACCAACUCGAUCCACCAAAACCACCCAACUUCAGCAAUGAAUCAUACCCAUUGUUUGUAACAUGGACUAUUGGCAAAGAUAUGAGAUUACGAGGCUGCAUUGGUACAUUUAAUGCAAUGCAUUUACAUGCAGGAUUACGGGAAUAUGCUACCACUAGUGCCUUUAAGGACUCACGAUUUAACCCAAUAACACGGGAAGAAUUGCCUCGUUUGCAUGUAAGUGUUUCUAUACUUCGACAUUUUGAAGAUGGAGCAGAUUAUCUAGAUUGGGAAGUAGGCGUUCACGGAAUACGUAUUGAGUUCCACAAUGAGAAAGGCAAUAAGCGGACUGCUACUUAUUUACCAGAUGUAGCAAGAGAACAAGGAUGGGAUCAAAUACAAACAAUAGAUUCUUUGCUACAUAAAGGUGGCUACAAAGGCUUAGUUACUCCAGACAUGAGACGCAGUGUAAAGUUAACUAGAUACCAGAGUGAAAAAGUGACUGUUAGUUAUCAAGAAUACAUGACACAAUGGCAUGGUCGAAAAUGCUAACAACUGCCAAGGGGUUCUUGCUUAGGACCCCCUGUUUGCCUAAUUCGUGGCAAGAUUUGUUAUUUUAAUAUUAAUACUGUUAACUCUUGUUUACAACAUAUUGAUAAUUCAACAAGAUAAUGGCCAGUCAACAAGCAUUAGGUUCAGAGUUUAAUCAAUUUUUAUUUGCACAACUAUUUUCUAUGUCUGUUAGAUCCCAGGUCUUAUUCUCUGUGCAAAAGUGUUUACUUGUUUGAUGGGAAUAUUUAAGAUCCUUGUUGUCAUAUUAUUAUUGUGUACUAUGUCUUCCUACACAAACACUUGGAUUUUGAAAUAUGAAAGUAAACGUAAUAUUAGAGGCAAUUAAACAAUUCAAUAACCACUUACUAUUCAAA